UUGUAAAAACUAGCGUUUCAUACAUUUGACUUGAAGAAUAAAGAAAUAUUUCCGACAGAUGCUAAUAACUGUGGCACUAUAUCCUUGGACAAGAGCCAGCACAUUGAAGGACAGCGGUAAACCACCCAGCUUGAAAUGAUUUGUGGGAAAUAUUCAUUAUGGCGGAUGGCAACGCAGAAGACGGUGCGAAGGGACAAUUUCUGUUCUGCAUUAUUUGCCGUAUAAACCACGACCAAGGGAGAAAACAUAUUUACUCAAGAAAGCAUAGGACCUUGCUUAGCCAGAUCCUGAUUAAAUUUGGCAAAAAGGUGGGCUGAUAUGCAAAGAUGCAAGUGUUUCUUCUUUAUCACAUUUUGAAACUCAAUUUAUUGGUUUUUUUUAUCUCGCACCUCUCUUCCCCUUAUUGUCAAAGUUGAUUUCAGUAUCCUAUGAUAAAAGCACCAUGAAUGGCUGAUCUGUUGCCAGUACCUCUUUUCCCCAUGGGGGGAGAACAAUGUCACUAAACUGGGAAUAUUCACUUGAUCAAAGUUAAAUCUGGGUAAAAGUGUCACAAACUUUGACUUUUUUUUUUCAGGUUGACGAAGCCAGAAAGUUUCUGAAGAAACCAUCUGUUGAAGAUGGUGAGUUAGAGCCAGGGUCAAGAUUUUGGUGUCACUUCUGCAGUGAGAAUGUUAAUAAACAUGUCACUGAUAGAGAAGUUACUAUCAAGUAUGGUGGACUCUUUGAACACUUUGCAAGGUAUUAAAUCUUUCCCAGACAAUGAUAUUUUUACAUUUGCAUAUUUCCAUGCUUUUUCAAUGAUUAUAAAAGAGACUGCAUUUAUCAUUUCAUAGAGAGGUGUCUUUGAUCUUGUGUGAAAAUUAAAACCAAUUUUGAAUUCCUAAGACUUGUUUAGAGAUUAAAAUCUGUCAUAGAAACUAAGAUUAAAACAAUUCUGAACAUCUCACAAUGGGAAUUGUUAUAUCUACCUGUCCUCAUACUGGUUUGCAGUUACUUUUUCAUAAUGUUUAUCAACUUCUGUCUCAGUACAUAAUAAACUGAGCCAACUGUGAUCAAGCUGACAGAGCUGGUACUUUAGUGCUGUGCAGUUUCCCAGUGAAUCAAGAUAAAGUUAAAAUCACAAAGAAACUGAGCCACUCCUGUAAAUGUCCUCCCAAUUUCAAAUUUUUUUUAUUCUUUGGUUUGCAUAUUUUUUGCUUAAUUACAUUCACUACACCUGUUUGGUAUGAAGAAUUGAUCUAAUGCCUCUUUUGGAAAUUGUGAUACCUCAAACAACUGGACUAGCUCUAGAACUUACAGAUUGGUUCCUCCUCUUACUUUUGUUCUAAAAGGCAAAGUAAAAGUUGCCAGAAUGAUAUAUUUUGUUUGUUAUUUCUAGUGAGAAUCACAGCAAAAAUCUUCACAAGUACUGGUGGGAAAAUGGAGCAGACAAAAAUCUUAAAGAAAAGUUCUUAAUCAAUAAAGAGAAGUUUAACAGGUUUGUUCUUUGAUUCUGGUGAAUUCCAUGGACUAGUAUUUUUAUUGUAUUUUUGUAUGAUUACAGUGUAUGUUUAGUUACUAUUUAUCAUUUGGGAAACACCAGAGUUGGAUAAAACUUGUUCAGCAUACUCAUUAAAGACACUCAGGUAAUUAUUUUCAUUCUUUGUAGCUACAAAGAAGAGGUCAACAAGAAACUCCAGGAAUUUGAAGCUGCAAUGGAACAAAAGAGAUUAAAGGUCAGGACUUUAAAUAAUAAGUCUCUUGACCAUUUUACAAUUUAAAGUUUGCCAAAUGACAACUUAGGAUAGUUUUGUGUUAGGAGCCCUGACACACUGGUAAAAUCAAUUUCCAUGAAUUGUCUUCAGUUUGAGUUACAUCUGCAUUGUAAUGAGAAGUCUAAAAUGUCUAAGGUUCAAAAUGUGAGAUCUUUUGGUAAAUGGACUGUUUUAAGAAAAACGACAAGUCUUAACAAAACUCUUACUUAGUUUUUCAGGUAAGUUCAGUAGAUUUUCUUGCUAAGGCUCUAGACAAGUUUCAAUCCACAGGCUUAAUUUCAGGUUUUUUUUUCUGGCCUGAAAAUAGCAGCAUUUUAUAUACUCACCUGUCUUUCAGGCCUGAAAAUAGCAGCAUUUUACAUACUCACCUGUCUGGUGGUUUUAAUGUUCUGCAAAUUCGUAUUACAGUAUUUCUCUCUUCAUUCUCACCAGGCAGUUUCCCAGAUCAAACAUAGAGAACUCCUUCAAGCUCAUACAAGCCAACAGGUCUGUUUUUGAGGCAGGGUAACUGACUGAUGUAUCCUGAUAUUGAAAUAAUGUCACACACAAAAGUAAAAUUUAGAUAUAGUAUACUGCUUGUUUGUUCACGUCUUAAGAAAGAAUCAUAUCAAUCUUUGAUGGUGACAUUUCAAGCAGAGUUAAAUGAUUGUGUCUCAAUAUCUAUAGCAUUUUGGUUUCCUUUUGUUGGUGUAUUCCAGUGGGCUGUAGUUGCUACACACAGCACAUUCUCCCUACUGUGCUCUAAACAUUUCCUAAGGUGCUGACUUAAGUUGGUGAUCAUUACCUUCAUUCUCAUGACCUUAAUGUAUAACUCAGGGGUGCUAUUGUAAGGAGAAAUUAGAUGCUAGUCAUUCUUUGGGGUCAAAAGUUAAUUAAUGGAAGUCAGAGGCUUGAAACAAGAAAGUCUUUGUGAAGAAGGAAGGAGUGAAGUGGUUUUGAGUAAAAUGAAACAUUCCUGUCAAUAUUUUUUACACUUGGUGAGAAAUUUAUUAUUUAAGCUUCUUGUGUUGUUGAGUUGAUACCAGGAUAUAGCCAUUACAGUAACUGUAGUUGUAAAGUUGUCCUAAUGGGAACACCAAACAUGUCUGCGUUAUUUUGUAUUUGGUGUCGUUAUUGUUUCCUGAAUAUUUAAACAACAGCCACCAGAAAUUCAAGUUACACCUGAAGUUGUCUACAAAACAGUACAAAAUGAACAAGGAAUUCUUCAGAACCCCACUGGAUGGUUUGUAAUAAAAUACAAUAAAAUUUUGACAAAAUGUAUUUUUCUGCUUCGUGGAACUGUCUAAUUCUGCAGACAAAAAUCAAUGCAAUUCUUCUGUGUUAUGUUUUUUUAAUUUCAAAAAGAUACUUUUAUUUACUGGUAACAGAUAAUAGUCAUGAAUGGAACUCAUGAUGUGCUUGCACCUCAUGCACUGUGAUGAUCAUGGGAUGAGCUUGAGUUGUUUGUAUAAAGGCUAAACUUUGCUUUAAUCAGCCAAAAAGCUCAACAAAAAGCACAAUUUAGUAUCAUCAACUGAGUUGAUAACAUAAAUUGGCCAUCAUAAAGAGUUUCAAAGCUGAUGUUUCAAGUAAUAGCCCUUCAUCAGAGCAAAGGGCUAAUGCUCGAAACAUCAGCUGUGAAACUCCUUACAGUGGCCAGUUUAUGUUGUCAACUCAGUUGAUAAUACUAAAUUACUCUGCUAUAGCUGUGUUUGGGAAGAUAAUUAUUGAGUUAUGUUAUUGUGGAAUUUAACAAUUGAAGACGCUACAAGUAUAAUUACAUGUAUCUGUGUAGGCAUGAAGGACAAAGAGUGUGGGGUGGUGGAAUAGUAAAAUACAGGUAACGGUAUUUGUUCUUUAUAUAUAUUUCAUAUAUUUGUAAAUAGGAAAGGAAUUUCUUGGGUAAAUGAUUUCGGAAAUUUCACUCAUCAUAAUCAAUAGACUUUUCCUCUAGGAUAAAAAAGAAAAGGAAAGAAAUAAAAGAACUUUUAUUAUACCCUUUACAUGCUGAUAUUAAUAUGCAUAUUCUCGGUAAGGUUUCCCAUAGAUUUUGUUAGGUGCUGAUAAGGAGAAUUUGUUAAACAAUCAAGAGCUUCUUUAGUCAGUGAUCAUUUCCUUUAUUCUCAUGACCUUUAUAGGUAAUUCAGGGGUGAUAUUGUAAGGAGAAGUUAGAUGCUAAUCACUCUUAUGGGUCAAAGGGUUAAGGAAGUCUUUGCUACUGUUCACCGUGAAUCCUCAUUUCAUAUGUUCUAAGACUUCUUUUUAUUCAAUUUUAUAAAUAACUGAAUUAGGAAUGGGUCACACAAAAGUUAGCACCACUUUCAUAUUUCUCAUAACAUGCUUACAUUAUUCCCAAAAUUGAAAAAUGCUUAAGUAAGAAAUGCAAAACAAUGGUUAUGCCAAAUUUUGGGAGGCAAUUGAAGUGCACUUUGGGAGAUGUGGAGAUGAUGAAUAACUGUAAUUUAUGAACUCUUAAUUUUAGUUACUGUAAUUCACAUGGUUUUUAUCAUUUUGAUUCUCAUUAAACUAGAAAACGUACUUAUUGUUUUUAGACCUGGUUCAAAUCAGUGGUUUCCAUGGAAUAUGGAUUCAAUUGAUAAAGGCUCUAAAGGUUUGACUUGUGUUGGGCAAUAAUUCAUUAAUAGACUCAAAGUCAUAGUGUAACAAUCAUGAUCUCUUGGUGAUCUUAGCAUGUCGUCCCUCGUCUUCCCCCCAUACAUACAGGGUGCCCUGCCCUUCUUUCAGUAACAUAAGAAGAUUUUGGGUAGGGAAGAGAGGUCCAUAUCCCUCUCCAAUUUUCUUUAGGUGUUGAAGGGUUUGUUUCAGUUUUUAAGAUAGAUUAAUGUAGGUUAUUCAGUGAUAUUUAUGUGAAGUUAAGUUGUGUCUUCCCCACAGUUGUUGGCUCCUUUUUAUGAAUUGUCUGGAUCCACCUUGCAGUCCUUUUUUUCAAAUUGUGGGUUAUGAAGUUGGGUGGUAUCUAGUAGUAAAAGAUUUUCUAUAUUGUUUAUUCAAGGUGUUCAGUCUACUUGUGCUGGUUCAGAUUUGGUUUACCCUUUUUGAUAUAGCAAUCAUUUUGUAGUCAGAAAUUUAUAUUUCUUCCUAAACAUCAUGAUAGGAUUGACUCAUGAAUAUUGUGCUCCAUAUCCUGUUUUGUGCAUGUAGGUUCUCCCCUUUCAAAUGGUGUCGUAACAAAAACAAGGUUCCAAACAGCUGAAGCUUUUGGAGAGAAUCUUACUUGCAUAGGAAUUCCGGUACUGUUCUGCAUCUUCUGUAUAAAACAUUACCCCUGUACACCCAAAAAAUAGUAUAUAUGUUUUCCACACUGUUCUCUAUACACUUCCUAAGGUGCUGAAAAGGAGAAUUUGUCAAACAAUCAAGAGCUUCUUUAGCAGGUAAUUUAGUGUUAACAACUGGGUUGAAAACGUAAAUUAGCCACCGUAAAGGGUAAAGAAGCUGACGUUUCGAGCGUUAGCCCUUCGUCAGAGCAAUUGACGAAACUUGCUCGAAACGUCAGCUUCUUUACCCUCUACGGUGGCUAAAUUAAGGUUUUCAACCCAGUUGUUAACACUAAAUUACCUGCUAUACUCUCCCACCGACGCAGCACCACAGUUUCUUUAGAAACUUACCCCUUUAUUCAAGAGCUUCUUUAGUUCAUGAUCAUUUCCUUUAUUCUUGUGACCUUAAUGUGUGACUCAUGCAUGAUAUUUGUUUGGAGAAAUUAGAUGCUAGUCACUCGUAGGGGUUAAAGGGUAAUAGACAGUUAGGUAUAUAAAAAAAAAAUUUCGUAGCUCAGUUUUCUUCUUGGUGGUUCAUCAGACUAUGGAAAUUACCAAAUUAUCUGGCUACUGUGCAAAGUAUUCCCCAUUAAUUUUAAUUGCCUGAUUAAAUGUUUUAUUUAGCGGUUGACUAUUUCACUCACAAGAUCUCAUUAGAAAUUAUUUUUACUGUCUGCCAUUCAGUUCGUAUGAUGUUAGUUUGGGGAAUUUUGUAUUGGAUCAACUAAUAAUCCCCUAAUUGGCAUUUUUCUUUAUUCUCAUCACUUGUCUGCUUUAUAUCAUAUUGAUGUUAUCAGGAAAAAUUCUGUCUUGGUCACUCAUGGGAGUUACAUUAGUAUAACAGCAUAAAUUGUUAGAAAUAAAAUCUUUUGAAUUUUUUAUCUCCAUGCAGGAACUUAAGGAGGGAGAAGGAAAUAUACACACAGGUUAGACUGAAACACAUUUGUUUGCAGAGAGUAAAGUGAAUAAUUUUCUCAGUGGGAAAGGCAAGGAAAUUAUUUGACAAUUUUCAUGGAGCCUGAGGAGAUUUUUGUCUCAGUAUUAGUCGUGAGGUGAUGUUCUGUGCAAGAACAUUUUUUUGCACUUCCCUCUUCAAAAACAUAAAAAAAAAGUAUCACAGUAUCUAUGUGAUUAAAGCAAUCUUUGCAAUCAAGUGUAAAAAUGCAGAGGGGUGUGUUGGCCAUUAGUGAGACUUGAAAAUUGCCAUAUCAAGGUUGAGCUCUUCAAAAUGAAUUUCUUUGUAUAUAUAUUUUUUAAUUUUUUGGUUUAUGUAGGUGCAACACCCCCGUGGCUGAGAGAUGAUAAUGAUGAUGACGACGAUGAUGAUAACAAGGUGUGUUUAACCCUUUCAUUCCCAAGAUCUCAUUUGUAAUUCUCCAUACUGUCUACCAUGCAGUUCUUAUGAUAUUAGUUGGGAGGACUUGGUAUUGCAUCAGCUAAUAAUCUCCUGCUUGAUAUUUUUCUUAGUUGUCAUCACUUGUCUGCUUGAUAUUGUCUUGAUAUUGUGAGGAGAAAUUCUGUCUUGGUCACUCAUGGGAGUUAAAAGGGUGAAGCCAAUUGGUGCCAGAAAUUUAUUCCAAAAAACCUAAAACUAGUUGCUUUGACAAGAGCCUAUCCUAUGGUCUUCUGAUUUAAAUCAGGAGCACCCUAUUACAGCUAUUCAUUAACAGAUACUCAUUUUAAAAUGCAGGAUAGCAGCACUACAAGUGAUGUUGUCAUUGGUCCAUCUUAUGAUGCUUUUAAAAAGCAUGGUAUGUACAUGAUAUGCUAUAAUGAAUUUCUUUCAAAGUGCUAUUGUUCCUUGCAUGAGUCAGAGUACCUCGUAGCUGACAUGAUUGUUGAAACGAUGGCACACAUUUAGAGGUAUUCAAUGAUUCAUAUCAGCUGGAGGUUGAUGGAGAGGAAAUACGUGUAAUACUCGGCAGCUUCACUUAUCCCCAGUCAAAUCGCAGCAAAAAAAAUCGUAGAAAACCUACUUGAGACGAAUGGAAAUGGAACGAUUUCCAUAGGGUGAAGAAAGUUAUCCUUGAUUUCACAGAUUCUCUUUCAUUACGCUCGGUGAUGGGCUCAAAAAUCUCUCGCCAUGUUUCCUUAACCAAUAAAAUGCAAAAUGAAAAACAACUGAAUGGGUCACUCAGGUUUUCCCGUGCUUCAGAGUGGCUGCUUGGGAUUAUGUUGAAUUCACAUUGGCUCCCUUUGAAAUUUUCCCAUGCUCUGAUUGCACAUUUUGGUAACCUUUGUUUUAGCAUUUUAAAUGUUUAAAAACACUUUAGAGAAAAGAAAGCGCUUUACGAUACCUAUGGCUGUGGCUACGGCUUCUAAGAGUCAUUUUCAUGAGAUUAACAAUAUAAUUCAAUUUUUCUUGGAAUUUUUUUUUUUCAGUGGAGAAAAUGAAAAAAAUAAAUCACAAAAAUCCACAGCGAGUUGGCGCAAACUUUGACCGGAAAAGAGAGACAAGUGAUGACUGGUAGGUUUAUGAAUUGUUACAGAUGAAAUACAACCAAAACUCUAAGGUAGGUGCUCAAGUUUAUUCAAAUCUCUUCCACUUCUAGCGAAGAUUUUUUUGUGGUGCGUUCGCUCCCAAAUAGCAUUCAGUUUUUACUUUGCUUUUGUACUUCGUUUACUUCAGUUCGUUCCUUCUGAAAUUGCGUCAAGCCAAUUUCUUUGGUGUGUCAAAAGUUGUCUUGAAUUUGAUUGGUUUUGCUUUAACAGUUGUCAAUAAAGUGUCUAAAGUACUCCGGGAUUGCAUUACUUUUGCUUCACUUCGCUUUGUGAUUGGUUCAGAAAACUUGCACCACUUUUUAAACCAAUUACAUGGAAACCAAACUUGGUCGCCCGCAUUUUUCAUCGCUUUUGGCAGUUUGGUUGUUUAAAUUUUCUUCGGCUCUUAGAUGUUUUUUUCCUUUCUUCUGAGUGGCCCUAGUGAUAACUUUUAUUUUGGUUUUACGAGAGUCAAUCAUGAAGGGCUUUUUUUCCCUCUGUGAUUGAUCUAGGAAGGUUGUGCUCCCCCUUCACCCAUCAGAUUCGGAACUAAAACCAAACCGCGACUCUCCUACUCUACAGGCAGUUUAUUUGGUUUUAGUUUUAGUGGAGAAUUGACCGCUUCGGAUAUUUUCCCUUGUUAUUAUUGGCCCUUGCGAUUACUUUGGUUUACGACUCUCACUUGAAAUGUGCUCCAAAGCGAUGACACCUUUUUUAAAUUUUUUCUUUUUUCGUUGUUGUUAUUUUCUUGUCAUUUCAAGAACGUUCUUACGCCGCUCCAUACGAACCUGGUCAGCGGGGCGUGCUCGGUUCAUGAUGUUCCACCUUUCGGCUCAUCACUCUUUUGACAUGACGGGAUCAAUUUUUUUUGUUUUUUUUUUUAAUCUUAAAAACUAAUUUCGUUUCUAGAGAUGAAACUAGAAAGAUCACGUCUCACUCAUGGCUUCUCGUUCUUGUUUCAUCCUGUAACCGCGCUGAAUUUUUCCUUCUCGAUAUUAUUUAACAGGGCUAAAAUCUCAGCUUGCUAACGGGGGUGAAAUUGCCUCGUAAACGAAACACAGACUUGAUGGGAACUAGUUUAAUAGGUAGAUCACUAUUUAUUGCUUUUGUUUAAGGUUGCCUUCGUUUGGCAGAGUGUGGAAUCAUGGCCCACGCUGGCAGUCAAGGUAAGCUUAGAAGAUAUCAAGAUGUUAAGAUGUUGAAGAUGUUCGUUUUUCCCUUUUUCUUAACUUCCUCCCUUUUUUUAACAGACACGACUUUCGAUGGGAGAACAAAAAGGCAAAGAAGAAAUGAAGAAAUAACAUGAUUUGAAUAAAUUCACCUGGAAU